CCGAACCUUCUACGUUUCUAAUGCCCAAACCCUUGUUGCGGUGCGCGCUCCAAAAUCACCUCCCCUCCACUCCACCCAUCGCUACGGAGAGAGAGCGCUAGCCCGAACCCUAGCUUUAACGAGGAGCCCUCAUGGCGGAGGAGACGGAGACGACGACGACGGCGGCGGCAGCGGCGGCGGGGGUGGCGCCGGAGGAGAGGCUGAGAGAGAGAGAAAGCGGAGCGCCGCCGCCGCCGCGGGGGCCGGAGGAGGAGGAGGAGGAAGAGGAGGAGGAGGAGGAGGAGGAGAUGGAGGAGGGCGAGAUCGAGAGCGACGCCAUGGACGGAGGAGGUGCUGGGAUGGGGAUGAUGGGGGCUCCGUCGCAGGGGCACCCGCUGGAGCACGCGUGGACGUUCUGGUUCGACAACCCCUCGGGGAAGUCGAAGCAGGCCGCGUGGGGCAGCUCCCUGCGCCCCAUCCACACCUUCGCCACCGUCGAGGACUUCUGGAGCCUCUACAACAAUAUUAACCACCCGAGCAAGUUGGUUGUGGGUGCUGACUUCCAUUGCUUCAAACACAAGAUUGAGCCUAAGUGGGAAGACCCGAUCUGUGCUAAUGGAGGAAAGUGGACAAUUAGCUGUACUAGAGGGAAAUCAGACACAUUGUGGUUGCAUACAUUAUUGGCGAUGAUUGGUGAGCAAUUCGACUAUGGUGAUGAAAUUUGUGGAGCAGUGGUUAGUAUACGUGGGAAGCAAGAACGAAUAGCUGUGUGGACAAAAAAUGCUGCUAAUGAAACUGCUCAGGUAAGCAUUGGGAGGCAAUGGAAGGAGCUUCUAGAUUACAAAGACACGAUCGGUUUCAUAGUUCACGAUGAUGCGAAGAAACACGAUAAAGUUGCUAAGAACCGUUACACCGUAUGAUCUUUUUGCUCAUGCUCUAAUAGUCCCAUAUCUUUAUAAACGGAAUGCUUUUUUUUCCCCUUUUUCGACACAAUUAGACUAAUGCACCCUUUUCUAUGCUUUUAUCUUAAGAAUUGUUGUUUCUUAUCAUCAUAAUAUAGUAGUGUAACUGCAAAAUAUUAACCUUUGUCAUGGUUUCUUUUUCUCUUCUAAGAGUUUCAGCUCCUGAUUUAA